UUUUUUAAAUCCGCGCAGAGUGAAGAUGGCGCACAGUUUGAAAGACAAGUUGGUUGCGGAAAAUGUUUAUGUUUCAUUGCAGAGACUUGGUUGCCCAUUGGUGGAGGGUCUUUUCCUGAAAGAGACUGAGAGCAUGCUUGAGCUGCUUUGUACUCCUUCUAAUCACAGACUGGAGAUCCUGAUGUGGAUUUGCAAAAGGACAUCUCCUCCUCUUGAAAAGAAGUUAUUUUUGCUGAAAGAUUCUCCAGUAGACACUCUUAUAAAGGAAAUAACAAACUUUGGACAUGAGAUGAUGCUGUGUAGUCUGGAUGAUAUGGACUUAAUUAAGGGUUGUGCAAGCCCAAAACGUCAGCUAGCUUUUCUGGGACAGCUUGUUAGUAUAUUAGAAAGUGAGAGAUUUGAAGACUUUUCUGUGUCCUUUGGAAAUGAGCAGCUUCUGAAGGAACUCUUCUCAAAUCCGUAUCUACCAUCUCUUUUGAGCCCUGUUUGCAACCCAUGGCCAGCUCACAUAGCAGAAAUAAUUAAGAAAAAGGAUUCUGGAAGCAAAAAAUGGCGCAGUCUUACUCAGAAGUCUAAAGAAUUCAGUCUGGAAGAAGUUUCAUCAACUCUGAAAAAAACUACUGAUGCUUUAGCGAAAAUCCAAAUAGAGUGUACAUAUUUGACAGACGACCCUAAUGGUAUAAUCUCCAGUCAGUUUUUGCCCCAAGCAUUGAAGCUGGCCAUUUGUGAUUUAUCUCAGCUGAUGGCUGCAUUCAGUCAAGUGUUUGCUAGUGAUUUUCGGGAAUACUGCAAUCGGGAACCUCCAGAAAUGAGCAAUAGUGCAGUUGCCUUCCAGUCUGUUUAUCAGCUGCUGGAUGCUUGUACACAGGAUCUGCAAGCCACAGCCCAAGUAAUUGAAGUUUCAGAAGUUGUUUGUUCUGCUGUAGAUGGUCAUCAGCAAAAGAAAGACUUUUGGGAAAAUGACCAAAUGACCUCACUUUUUUCCAAGAUUGAAGAGCUGAAGAAGAAAUAUGAGAGAUUUCUUUCUGUGUAUCAGAGGUGCUCCAAAUGAAUUCAUAAAUUAAUAAAGGAAAGCAUUCCCUUUGGACUUUGAUCAGUUAAAAAUGUAUGGUAUAACUCCUGAAGUCUGCUGUACCACAAGUAUGAAAAAUGAUGUUUGAUUCAGGUAAAGGAAGGGUUUCAAAUAUUUCCUUUUUAGAGUUGUACUCCCUUUACAGUUCCAUGAAAAAAAAAAAAAUUAUUUUUUUGUGAUUUUUUAUUUUGGUAACAAAAUGUGUACACAAGUAAAAUGAAGUCAUGUUAGUUAUGAAGGGAUCAGUGUCGCCCAAGAGCACCUUCAAACCUCCACUUCAAAACCUGUCUGUCUUCCCCUGUACCAUCCAAUCCCGUGAAUAACCCUGUGUCAAAGCAUAGAAGUGCCAAAUGUAAAGACUGUUGUAUAGUUAAAGGAAAUUGAACAGUAGGGAAAUAGGAAGCUAAUCAUACCACGCAAGCAGGCUAUGACGAGAAUAAUAUUAAUGGCACCCUGACAACAAGGGUCCAAAUGACUUAGCUGAGGCAGAUCAACUCUUGAUAGACUUAACUAAAGCAUGACUGAUUGAUUUAACUUGAAGAUCAUUCAAGGUUAAAUUAAAUUCAAUGUUAAAAGAGAAAUGCUGUGGGGCUUUACAUCGAGGAACAAUGAGUAAUAUGACAGCUACAGGGUCCAGACUGAACUAUUUGCUUAAGUAAGAAUUGGGAGUAGAGGUCAAAUAAGAGAAGGGUCUGGGGCAAAACAGUCGGAAGAAGAAAUAAAGCAAGAAAGUGACAUACUUGUACCCAAAGAGAAGGUGGUUUGGAAGGUGUGGAGGUAGCACUGCCAGAAAAUGUGUAAAAUGGUGCUUGACAAAAUGGAGCAGAGUAAAUGUUAAUUUAAAAACAUUUGGAUGGGUGGGGUAAAGUCAAUGAAGUAGUUUAGGUUGUGUGAAUUGAUAAUUGGGAUUCCUGGAACAAAAUAAAUAUCCCUGAGUAUAUACUAGGAGAGAGGGGAAGCCACUGGAGAGAGAACAUUUGGACCAGAGUGAAAUUAGUGGGAGAUGUUUGUAGGAUGAUUUGCAGAAUACAGAGUGAAGAUGGGUUACUUCUUGAGCGAAAAGGAAUGCGAGAUAAGAGGGUCAGAUAGAGAGGUGUCACAUGUCCUGAGUGCUGACUGAGGGGGAAAGUAGAAGAAGAAAGACUAACUGCUAUGGUUAAAGCAAGUCUGGGAAGAUUUGAAUGUCAAAAGGCCCAUGCUAUCUAACAUGUAACCAAGCUGGCCAACUCCCAAGUUCUGACAAGUGGAAAAAAAAUUAGCAGGCUGCAACCAGUCAAUAAAGCAAGGUUGUGAAAGAAAGCGUUCAAGUAUGCCAUCUCAAGGAAAGAAACAGAAGUUUCUCAACACAAUGACAUGAAUCAACAAUAUAGAAUAACACAGGCAUGCUGUUUUAGAGAUCAAGGAAGAUUUUGAUUGUAGACAGACUGGUAACACUCCUUGAAAAGAUAAUGUGGGGGGACGAAUUAGAUUCUGUAUGCAGUCAUAUAGUUAGGAUGUAAGACUGGACAAAAGCAGGACCUGAUUGAUCGCAGUGAGAAUGUCCAGUGGUGGAAUUCUUAAUUAGAAUUAGAUGCUUUAUUUUUGCUGAUUAGGAAUUAAAGUGGGAUGUUUAAGGUAAGGUCUCUUACCAUUCUAUUAAAAAAUUAGAAAGGAGUAACCUGACUUUGCACCAAUAUUUCGUAGGUGGAAGUAGGGGUAGCAUAGAGCUAACAACAUUAGAAAAAAGGAAUAUAUUUAAUAAUUGCCAGUCAAAAUUUAAGAGAGAAGGAGCAUAGACCAACUAUUGAUAGAAGCGUUAGCAUCAUUGAGUAUAUGAUGGUAGUUGUGGAAAGCCAUGCCUGUGAGUGAGGAAGAGGUAAUUUUUUUUUGUUGUUGUUGCAUUGUCCAUUCUAAAAGGUGUUAUGCAAAAUUGAAUUUUUGCUACAGUAUUGGGUGCUUUAUAUUAAAGCUUAAAUGGUUUAGUAUUUAUAAGCAAGUGUCUCAACAGCCGAAUCGGGUUGAUCAGUAUAUAUCUAGAAGUAAAAAUAAAUUUGCAAAUCUGUUGUGUUUAUGUUGUUGCUCACAUGUAUUAAGAUAUUUUAAAAUUGAUUACAGCUCAGAUGUUUGAAAGUUUUGUUGAAUUUACUAAUAGUGUGUGAAACAUUCCAAUCCAUUUAAAGCUGUUGCAUUAGUUUAAAUGGCAUAAUAGCAGUAUAUAAUUCAUUGUAAUUACUUUUAAAGUAAAAUACAUUUUGCUUUUUUCAGAUUGCUUAGAUAUGCCUCUGUUUAAGCUUACAAUAAAUACUAUUUAAUGAA